AUGAAAAUCGAGUCUAUUCACAAGGGGGGAAUUGCACCAGCCUGUAACUCGAACUUAGAACAGAGCCAUGACAUAAACUAUAACCAGAUCGAUAUGCAUAAACAUAAGAACAAUGUAGAUUAUGAAAAAUCCAAUAUACAUUAUGGCUCCAAAUCAAAGGAAAAAAGUAUGAAUGGUGAUUAUAGUACUUUCAUUCGAAGUAACGAACUGCAAGACGAAAAGAAAAAUUCUUGUAACGUGGGAUGCAAGAGUAAUGAAACCACAGUUAGUAGAAGUGAAGAAAUGCUUGAUAACACAAUUCUCAAUGUAAGUUUAAAGAAAGGAUUUAGUGACAUUAAUAAUUGUUUAUUACGAAAUAAUUUGGAAGGUAUAUAUGCAUGUGAAAGUGAUAUAUCAAAAGAGACAAGUCAAAUUGUAAAAAAUAACGCAUCUCCCAAUUGCAGUAUGUAUUUAAGAAAAACAGAAAAUGAAAAUUGUGCAUCUAGUAUUAACAUGAAUAGUGCACUUAUAAGUGAAUGUUCACAUGUGAAAAUUGCAGAAGAUGAUAAGAAAGAGUCUGUCCAUUAUACGAACAGAUUAGUUAACAAUAAUUUCGACAAAGUUAAUUAUAACCCUCAUAUGGUUACUCAGCCGAAUGAAAAUUACACAUGUGGUUUCAAAUCUACAUCGAAUGAAGAAGAUAUAAUGGAUAGAAACGUUUCUAAAUUUGUUUCCCACAAGGAAGGGGGACAUGUUUCUGAAUAUUCUGAAUAUUCUGAAUAUUCAUGCCAUUUGGGGAACUUACCGUUACAGAAAAGUGAAGAGAAGAAAAAAGAAAGAGAGGGAAAUAUGUCUCAAACGCAUGAACGCAGAAUUUUUUGCGAAGAAGGAAAUGACAUCCGUCCGCUAGAUUGGAGUUCUUGUAAAUCAUGGGAAUUUAUGGAGACACAAAGGCCGCUCGUUCGAGUGGAUGUAUGUAAUUCAGAAGCAACAGCCAUCAGGUUUAAUACCAACACUGACAUGGCUCAUAGUGAUGUAUCUCAUAGUGAUGUAUCUCAUAGUGAUGUAGCAAAGCAUGACAUAGUUGAACAUGACAGUGUAAGUCAAAGUAGACAUGAAGAUGCACCGAGACAGAGAAACGAUUCGCAGGGCAGGAGGAGCCCCGUGGAGACAUACAAGACAAACUCGACAAAGGAUGUGAUAAAUUUAGAAAAAAAAAUAAUUCAGUCUGAAAAUUCUUGUGAGGGAGAGAAAGGUCAAGUGUAUCAAAAUAAUGGGAAUAGCUAUUCCUCAUCGUUAGCUGAAACGAAUCCAAGAAAAGGAAAAGAGGGUAGUAAGGAUAGAAAGAUAAAGAUACAAUUUGAUUCUGAUUUUGAUUCUGUUGGGAAAUGCAAAAAACAGCUGAAGGAAGACCAUAGGAUACAUCCUUUUUUAGAUGAAUCAAAAAGGGUGAAAAAGGAAAGGUUUCCAGAAAAUAAGAAAAAAGAUGAACCCAUGACUAUAUCUAUUAAACGUGAGCCCGUUUGGGAAAAGAAGAAUUGCAUGCUGAGAAAAAAAAACAAACAAGUAGAAAAGAGUGAAAAGGGUACAUUCUUGGAGGAUGAAGAAGAGAGAAAGAAAAAUGAAAAAGAAUUAAAACAUGUAAAAAGUCUUCUCAUAUUUGAUGAAAUUACAAAUUCGUGGAAUAUCAUAUGGAAAGAUGGAAAUAUAUCUAUUCUAAAAAGUUAUAGCAUAGAAAAUUGGGGUUCUACAUCUAGGCACCUAGCUCUGAACGAUCUCCAGGAUAUUAACAAUCUAUAUGAAAAAGCAACAAAUAAUGGAGUUAUUGCCACUUAUGAAGAGAAAGCGGAACUUGUUAAACAGCAAAUAUAUAACAAAUUUGGGGAAAAUUAUUUUUUAAUAAGCAGAGAAUGUCAUGAAAUGAAUGAAUGUAGUGAAAAGAAGAUGGAAGAAUGGACGGAUGACAUGCUAUCCUUGGAAAAAAAUCAUACAGCAGAAUCCAUUGAGGAAGUUAUUGCAAAAAUGGAAAAAAAAUUAAGUGAGAAUGAAAAAUAUGGGAACUGUGUUAAAGACAACAAAGUCGGCUCUUGCAAUAUGAUUUAUGAUAAUAGAUAUAGUCCAAGUAGAAAAAACUCAUGUGAUGAAAUGAGGAAUAUGUACCUGUCCGGACAAUCGAGCCAAGUGGAAAAUUUUUGGAAAAAAAAAGAUGAAAAGUGUCAGAAAAAGUUGAACUUCAAUAGGAUUGUGUCGAGGGCGAAACUUGAUGAAGCUGAGGGAGAAGGUGCACCUCUGGGAAGGACAAUAAGUGUAGAAGAAGUGGAAGGGGUGGAAGAGAUGGAAGAGGUGGAAGAAGUGGGCAAAGUGGACAAAGUGGAAAGAGAGGAAAGAGAAGAAAAAGAGAUCACAGAUAAUAAAGCAAAACGAGCAGAACAAACGAAAGGAACAAAACGCAGAAGAGAAAAAUCGACGGUGAGUUCGCAACUUGAAGCACCCAUGCCAGAUCUGGAAGAAGAGCGGAGAAAAAUGCUGCUCAUAAGGCAAGAAAUUAAAAUGAGGGAAGUUGUUGAAAGGAAGGAAAGGAGACUGCGCAGAGAAGAAGAGAGAAAGAAAAAAGUUCGAAUAAGGGAGGAAAAGAAAAAACUUCGAGAAGAGAAAAAAAGAAUUAAAGAGCAAGAAAGGCUAAAAAGGAGAGACGAAAAAAAUAAGCUGAAAAAAUUGAAAAAAUUGGAAAAGUGGAGAAAAUUGCAAAAAUUGAAGAGAUGGAAAAAAGUGGAAAAAUUGGAGCGCUUGGAAAGGAUAGGAAAACUGAAAACCGUGGAAAAGCUGCAAAAAUUGGAAGGGCUAGAAAUGCUGCAAAAAUUGGAAGGGCUAGAAAUGUUGCAAAAAUUGGAAAGACUGGAAGGGCUAGAAGUGCUGCAAAAAUUGGAAAGACUGGACGGGCUAGAAGUGCUGCAAAAAUUGGAAAGAAUAGAAACGGCAAAAGCAAGGCAUGGAGACACGAAAAACAUCGAGAUGGAGUUUAUCCAAAAUAAACUGAACUCUCUUCAUGAGGAGGACACUGAGAGCUGCCCUGACCUUGUCAACCUUUUGGGGGAUUUUCAUCACACUAAUGAUUCCAUCAGCAGUAUGAAGAAAAUGAAAUUUCAAGAGGGAAAAAUGAAAAGGCGAUUUCAGGAGAAAAAAGAAAGAAUGCGAAGUAUGAUACAAAGAAAUGUCCAUAUUACUGGAGGACUAUACCUCGAUAUUGGAUACGACGAUCAGAACAGUGGAGACAGUGAAGAUGUAGAGAAUUAUGUAAUAAAUAAUGUACAUUCAUGGAACAAUGAAGAGAACAAGAAAGCAUCAAUACCAUCUGGAAUGUUGGAUAAGUCAGGUAAUUGGAUAGUUUCAUGGGUUCUUUAUGGAAGGACAUGUAGAAAGAAGUUCGCAAUCAAAGAAUAUGGAUUUAAAAAAGCUAAGGAACUGGCUGAGAAAUACAAAAAUGAGAGGGAGAAUCAUAUAAUAAAUAACAUUUCUGAAUAUGACACGUACCUUAACCAAGUCAUUAGCAAUCAUGAGGAGGAUAUUGCAUAUUGUGCUUCCAACUCGGAUCAAUCUGCUGGAGAUAUAUGCCAAUUGGAGGGGAAAGAAAAUGAAGUCAAUAGGAAUCAAAUGGACGAACCUUAUAGUGAUAACAAAGGCAUGGAAGGAAAAUACUGGAAAGAUUCAUUCAUCCCCUUGGAAGAGCAGCAACCUCAUCAGUUGGAGCAAUCACAUCAGUUGGGGAAGUCUCAUCAGUUGGGGAAGUCUCAUCAUUUGGGGAAGUCUCAUCAUUUGGAGCAGUCUGAGCUGCAGAGGCACAGGUACCUAAUUGAUUUUUGCAAAGAUCUGUUAAACAGUCCAGUGAGCGAUGAGUACUGGAAAAAUAAAGUAAAAUGGGUUCAAAAUCGAAGUAGCUGGAGCAUUGAAAUAAUUAAAAAGGAACAUAAUAAAUAUGUGAGGGAAAAUAAAUAUUAUGCAGAAGAAAAAUAUGGGUACACGGUUGGUAAGUGCAUAGCAGUGUAUGAUUAUCUGAACGCAGAACAUAACGUUUUAAAAAAUUAUUUUGAUGUAAAUGUAUCUAAUUUACAAUAUGACAAUAAGAGAAAUGCAUGGAAAAUAUCAAGAUAUGUACCAAACCAAUUAAAUAAAAAAAAUUACUAUUUUGAAGUAGAUGUAUAUGGAUGGACAUAUUCGAGAAAACUGGCUCUUAUAUUAGCUAUUUAUUUCAAUAAAAAAAAACCAUUAAAAAUUGAGGACUUACGUAAAAGUUAUCUCUUUUUUGAGCAACAUCAGCAUCCUCAUCUGAAUGAUGAUCCUCCAGUGAGUGAAAAAUCACCUUUUGAUGAGAACAAUAUGCAGAAAAAUCACUUCGGAAUUAUGUCAUUUGAAUCUAAUGAUAACGUCAAACAUGUGCACGUGAACCCGUCUAUCAGCCAAACAGAUUCGUACAAACAAAAGUUCAUAAACAAUUUUCACAUCUAUGAGCAGCAUGUGAAAAAUUCUAAACAAUGCAUGACAAUUGAAUCCUCGUUUUGUCAAGACGCAGAAGAUGUUGGAAAUUGUAAUGGAACAUAUCAGGAAGUUGUUCAUAAAAAUCUUAGAAACAGCAUUGCUAUCAAUGAAAGAAUAAGCCAAAGUACCAAUAAUACUGUUUGUAUCGAUACAAGUACUUCGAAGAAGAAGUCAGAAUGUAAGAAAAGAAAUCAAAUGGACAGUUGCCAAUAUAACCCGUGUGUAAAUAGAAACGAAAAAAUUAUCUACCACAGAAUUAUGCAGGGUGAAAAUGGUGCCUCGGACGGGUUGUGGGAACUGAAAGGUGAAUCGGACAGUGGCAUAUUGAACAAAAAAGAAGAAGAAGAAGAAGAGGAAGAAACAGAGGAGAGGACGAAAGAAGAGAAAAGUGAGGAGAAAAAACAGCAACGAGGUGAUGCGAACUGCUGCAACAAGAAUGGAGACAUUGUAGCAAGAAAUGGAAUGGACAGCAGAGUCACUAACCUGAUUGAGGAAGUAAAAGAAGAGGAAUCAGCAAGAUGUGGGAAGACUAACCCUGAUAAGGAAAAAGAAGAAGAAAAAGAAAAAAAAGGAUACGCAAACGUGUUAUACGAGGAAUUAGAUGCAAUUUCAAAAGGUAAUUAUUUGGUACAAAUGGAAAUUAAUGGAAUGGAUUCAGAUAUCAAAGGAAAGGAGAAGCGAGAUGAAUCGGUAUGUGAUCAUGACAAUAGGAACUUCCAGAAGAUCGAGAAGAAAACUUCUAAGAGGGGAAGGAAAAGAAAAAAAAUGGAAAUAAGUGAACAUGAGUUGAACCCGAAUUGUAUGAGUGAUGAUGAAAUUGAAACGAGCAAAAAGAGAUAUUUCGAAAAUGAAGAAAAAAACAAAAUAAAGGGAGAAAAAAGUAUAGAUUUAAAAAAAUUGUAUGAACAUGUUCAUAACGAAAAGUAUUGUGAAUUAAAGAAAAUGUAUGCCUGUAGUGACAAUGACUUGUUAAAUUUCCUAUCUAAUGAAAAUGAUAAAGCACUAUUUUUGAAGGAAAAUAUAAAUAUACAUGCAGAAGAUGAAUAUUAUCUAGUUAAAAUAUUGGAAGAUUAUUAUUAUAAUAAUUUGUCAAGAAAAAUGCUUAAAAUGAAAAAGAGGUUAUCUACAUGA